AUGGCAAUCACUCAGCAUUUGUCUCACGUUAUGCAACAACUUAUGAACAACGGGAUUGCUCAAAUGGGAUCCAAUCAGCCCAGUGGAGUAUCGAAUUCAAACCCUAAGCACAAAGAGGUUUACAAAUAUGAAGCACCGCAUACAUUGUACUCCACUGCCUGGUCUCAGAAUCUUGAUCCAUCAAAGAAGUUCCGCUUGGCAUUAGCUAGCUUCAUUGAGGAAUACAACAAUAAGGUUACAAUAGUGAAGCUUGAUGAAGACAUUGGUGAAUUUGUCGACUGUGGUAGCUUCGAUCAUCCAUAUCCAGCGACAAAGGUGAUGUGGAUUCCAGAUCAGAAAGGCACAUAUCCAGAUUUAAUUGCUACAUCCGGGGAUUAUUUGCGGCUGUGGCGUGUAGGUGGUGCUGACGGUGCACAGAUUGAAGUUUUUCUUAACAACAAUCGAAGCAGUGAAUACUGUGCACCGUUGACAUCAUUUGAUUGGAAUGACGUAGAUUUUAGCUUGAUUGGCACUUCAAGUAUCGACACAACGUGCACCAUUUGGCAAGUUGAGACCGGUCAAGCGAUCAGCGUCGCACGAUCAACGGAAGGUAGUGUAAAGACACAACUAAUUGCUCAUGAUAAAGAAGUAUUUGAUAUUGCUUUUACAAAGAUGGCAAGCGGUCGUGAAAUAUUCGCUAGUGUUGGAGCGGAUGGUAGUCUAAGAAUGUUUGAUUUACGGCAUCUUGAGCACUCAACAAUUAUGUUCGAAGAACCAUCACAUGCUCCAUUAUUACGCUUGGAAUGUAAUAAGCAAGAUUGCAAUUAUAUUGCUACAUUUGUUCAAGAUUCUGCAGAGGUGAUAAUUCUCGAUGUGCGCAUGCCUUGCACACCUAUCGCAAAACUAGACAAUCAUCGCGGGCGAGUAAAUGGCGUGGCCUGGGCACCACAUUCUUCAUGUCAUAUUUGUACAGCAGGUGGUGAUAGUCAGGCAUUGAUUUGGGAUAUUCAUGCGAUGCCUCGGCCUGUUGAUGAUCCUAUUCUGGCUUAUCAAGCUGGUGGCGAGAUCAACCAGGUGCAUUGGGCGACUGCCUUUCCAGAUUGGAUAUCAAUUUGUUAUAAAAAUAUGCUAGAAAUAUUGCGAGUGUAA